AUGAACGAACCGAAAGUGUCUGAAAGUGUUGAUUUUGAGGUUCGUCCUUCCACGGAGCGGAGUCCGAAUCCAAACAAAGAACCGAUUUUUCCGCCACCGACUUAUGCUGAUCCGUCAGCAUCCAAUGUCCUGAUGCCACAAGGUUCAUCCUCCACAUCCGGCCCAUUUGAAGAUUAUGUGACUGGUAAAAACAAUUUUAUUCGUGAAUAUCCAGCAGCAUCCAACCAGGCAUUAGAGUGCGGUUUCACACGUUAUAGUUACUUCCAUCCUCCACAUUCCCGCGAUGUUCCGUACAGAAGGGACUGUGCAGAUGCAUAUUGUACAGAUUCUAGCUUUCCUCUUGGAUUGUCUCAACAGUCACACAGCUUUUCGACACAACAGCCCCUAUCACAAACCUCGUGGUCUUCAACUUCUAUCCGGGAACUUGUCCCAUCCUUAGACUAUGGCGACCCGUUCCUCCCUAGUUUGGAUUUAUGCUCCUCCACAUGCAACGGCAAGUACCCGGAUUCCUACGGACCGUACGCAACAAAACCUAUCCCACCCACUUCACAUGACUAUCGGGGCUGCACACGCCAAAUUCGUACUGAAGACCUAACUGUGAUUCCGCGCACCGCUGGGUCAAGCUACACUGGUGUCAAUCCGAUCUUAGCCUCGACUUACCCGGUUGCUUCCGGAAAUCGCCCGGAAAAGGUAUACGGUUCAUGUCCUCAGCUGUCCGAGUCAACAAUUGGUUUAGAACCAACCAAUCACAGCAACUAUAGACCUCCCCCAACUUUCAGCACGCAUACUGUGCCAGUGCCUGAUCGUCAUGCGUUCAACAACAUGAACUAUCUUUGA